GACAGUUGACACUUGACAGUAGAUUAUUCACCAUCACCAUCGCUGUGAAUUGUGAUUAUGACUUGUAAAUAAAUAGAUGUCCAUAUAAAACCAGUUAUAGUGUAUAAUCUAUGAUAUAAAACGUCCCGACUUUGAAUAAGGUCCCGGACGGUAAUAAAAUUCAGGAUUUAAUUUUAAUCUGUUCCAUUAUUGUACAUAAAUCAAAUAAUAACAACGAAAUGUUAUCAAAUCGUAUGAAACAAAAACUACAUCAGAAACAGUGGUGAUAAAAGUUUUUAUCAAGAUAAUUCAAAAUGCAGUGGCGAUGGGAAUUUAUGUGCGGUCCUCAGGGACUAAGACCAUGGAACGAUAUAACAAAAGACUUUGGCCAGUGCUUCCAGGAAUUAUUUAUUCAAAUACCAGUCUUCUUUAUUAUUGCCAUCAUAUCAGGUUUUUAUGUUGGAUAUAGAAAAAAUUGGGUGGUACGCGAAAAGGCUCAGGAAAGGGCAAUAGUACUUCGAAGUUUUGUCGUAUUAGCGCUAGUGUUUAUCCCCAUCAUAGAGUUAUAUGUUCUGAUUACCAAACCUAACUCUGUUUUGUAUCCUGUAAACUACUUUACUGCUGGUGCAUCAUGCCUCGCGUGGCUGUUUCACUUCGGUUAUGUGUUGGCGUUGAAACACAGACUGGGACAAAGUGCUCGAGGACCCACUUCUCAGCUCUUAAUGUGGAGCUUAGCAGUAUUUGUGAAUGUGGUCGCAUUGCGGAGUAGCAUAAUAACUGGGGGCUCUAUGAGUUUCAAUAUUGCUACAAUGUGCUGUCAUAUACUGUAUUUCAUGACACUUCUCCCAUCAAGUAACUCUAGGCCUACAUUCUAUUCACCAUGCCUGGUUGGUUCACAACAUACACAUAGUGAGUAUACUCCCCUACUGCCACAUAUGGAUGAAGGUAUACUGGGAACAGCUAUGCAAGGAGCUGGUUGUCUAUCAAGGCUAACAUUCUCAUGGGUGGACCCGCUACUACAAAAAGGAUUAGAAAAUAAACUAAAUGAUCCCGAGGAGCUGUUUGAUUUACCAGCUAAGUAUUGUUGUUCUUAUGUGGGAGCAAGGAUGGAUAGAUCACUUAUUGGCAAUGUGGACAACUACCAACAGUAUGAGGAAGUACCACACGAACCUUUCAUAGGAUCAGGAUAUGGUGCAACUGGAGAAACCGCGCCACAAGCGUCCACGCCUGUGACGCCUACAACACGUGUUCUAGUCCGUUCCCCGCGCCGUCAAAAUGUUACACUACUGCGGGCUUUGCAUUCAUGUUUUGGCGUACAGUUCUACAGUAUUGGUGUACUCAAAUUAGUUGCCGACAUGGCAGGAUUUGCUGGACCCAUCCUUCUCAAUUACCUUAUAAAAUUCGUUGAAGAUGAAAGUAUUGAUCAACAUUUAGGUUAUGUGUAUGCUGGAUCUUUACUAGGGGCUACUUUAAUAUCUGCCCUGUUUAAUGUGCACUUCAACUGGUUUAUGUCGGUUGUGGGUCUAAAGAUGCGCGGCGCUAUCGUUGCGACUAUCCUAAGGAAGACGCUAAGUGUCACUUCCACAGAACUAAAUAAUGUCUUCUCUAUUGGCGAGAUCACUAACUUCAUGUCGACUGAUACGGACAGAAUAGUAAAUUCGUGUCCUAGUUUUCAUGCACUGUGGAGUAUACCUUUACAGCUCUUCAUAACAUUAUUCCUUCUAUACCAGCAAGUAGGCAUAUCGUUCCUCGCUGGUGUGGCAUUCUCAAUUAUUCUGAUACCAAUUAACAAAAUAAUCGCCAAUAAAAUUGGACAACUCAGCACGGAAAUGAUGAAGCACAAGGAUUCCCGUGUCAGUUUAAUCAGCGACUUGCUGAAAGGUAUAAGAACAGUCAAGGUUCAUGUUUGGGAAGAUUACUUCAUAAAUCGAGUAUCAGAAGCGCGAAGUCAAGAAUUGCGGUAUCUGCGCGGUCGCAAGUAUUUGGACGCGAUAUGUGUGGUCCUAUGGGCGACUACGCCAGUUCUCGUUGCCGCCUUCACAUUAGGCACGCACUCGCUUAGAGGGCUACCUCUUGACGCACCCACAGUUUUUACUACAGUAGCGCUAAUCAAUAUGUUAAUAGCACCACUGAAUGCCUUCCCAUGGGUGUUAAACGGACUGACAGAAGCCUGGGUGUCCAUAAAACGUAUACAAAAGUUGUUGGAUCUUCCAGAUAUGGAUGCAGAACUUUAUUAUGACCGUCUCAACAAGAACCAUGAUGAAGAUAAAGUAAUAAUAUUCAAGAAUGCCACAUUUUCGUGGGCUAAGCCUUCAAAGAGGAAGAGGCCACCAAAGAAAUCGAAGAAAAAUAAGGGGAAGUCUAAAAAGAGACUAUCUAGGGGUAACAUUCAAAGGCGGGAUUCAACAUCUUCGUCUGAGCAGUUAAUCCAAGAUGAGCCUUUUAUGUUGAAAGAUAUCUCAUUAGAAAUUGGUAACGAAGAGUUAAUUGGAGUAACUGGAGCCGUCGGAAGUGGAAAAACAUCACUACUGCAUGCAAUCAUUGGUGAUAUGAUCAAGAAAAGUGGCUACUUACAAAUACCUGAAAAUCUUACUAGUUUUGGAUAUGUGUCUCAGAAACCCUGGCUAAUACGUGGUACAAUCCGCGAUAAUAUACUAUUCGGCAAACCGUAUGACGAAACUAAGUUCCGGAAUGUAAUUGAUGCCUGUGCACUCACAGAGGACUUAAAUAUUAUCGGAUGGAAUGCUUACGUGGGCGAAGGUGGUUGUACGUUAAGCGGUGGACAGCGAGCGCGCAUUGCACUGGCGCGGGCAGUAUACCAAGAUAAGCAAGUGUACCUGCUGGACGACGUGCUCGCCGGCGUGGACGGGGCGGUGUCGGCGCAUAUAAUGCAGCGCUGCAUACUGGGGCUGCUGCGACAUACCACGCGCAUAUUCGUGGCGCACUCUCCGAGGCAUCUCGCCCGCACCUCAUAUACUCUGCUCAUGGAGGAUGGGCGUAUAUUGCGACAAGGUCCCCCUGAAACUGUAUUAAAUGAUAUCGAAGAGUUCAUGCCGAGUGAGUCCGAGUCGCUAGGAGAAGAGCCGCCGAGGGUACUGGAACCCGUACAAGAUAACAACGAUACAAUCAGUAGGAACAGCUUGGAUGACGAGGAGUCAAUGUCACAGGGAACUGUUGGUUGGUGGGUCAUCGGCUUGUACCUACGGUCGGUCGGAGUGUUUCUCUCAAUCACCAUCAUACUUUCCUUAGUUCUCAUGCAACUAUCACAAAAUUUCACCUUCCUUUGGCUCACGUACUGGGUUAAAAAUAGGACUAAAAAUUCAACCUCACUUGAAGAUACUGAAUUUAUAGAACAUCCCACAGAAAAGACAAACAUUUUGGAUCACGGAGUCUUAGCUAUAGACAGCGUUAUACAUACCAUCAUAAAUGCGACAAGAAUGCUUCUAGAAAAUAAAAAUGUUGAAAAUACAACUUCCCAACAAGGGUCACAGAUUGAACAACUACUACAAGACCUGAAAGCGAAUGUGACGCCGACAUACACAGAUAAUUUUUAUUUGGAAGUUUAUUUUGGAUUGGCGGGUCUGAAUUUAGCGUUUACUAUCAUGCGAGCGUUUCUGUUCGCUUAUGGCGGCGUGAAAGCGGCCACAAGAAUUCACAAGGUUUUACUUAAAGUCAUUAUCAAAGCGAAAGUGAAGUUUUUCGAUAUAACACCACUGGGUCGUAUUGUGAACAGAUUUUCAUCAGAUACUUACACAGUGGAUGACUCAUUGCCGUUUAUACUAAACAUUUUGCUAGCUCAAACGUUUUCACUAAUUGGAGCGGUGGCGGUGACGCUGUACGGGCUGCCGUGGCUGGUGGCGGGCGUGGUCCCGCUGACGUUCGUGUACUACCGCCUGCAGCGCCGGUACCGCGUCACCUCGCGCCAACUCAAGCGCUUGCAGAGCGUCACGCUCUCGCCCGUCUACACGCACUUCAGUGACACACUAGAUGGCCAGCAGACGGUGCGCGCGCUGGGCGCGGGCGGGCCGUGGGGCGCGCGCGGCGCCGAGCUGCUGGAGGCGUGGCAGCGCGCGGCGCUGGGCGCGGCCGUGGAAAGUGAACCAAUAGAUGGUGAUUCACCGCCAUACGGCUGGCCUUCACAAGGUGUCAUAGAAUUUGAAGACGUUUACCUGAAAUAUAGCGGUCGUGAGAAUGGUGUGAUGGCCUUGAAUGGCGUAUCAUUCUCUACGCAUCCUGGCGAAAAGCUCGGUGUAGUGGGUCGCACUGGAGCAGGGAAGAGCUCUCUCCUCACAGCACUACUUCGCCUGGCACCACUCGCCAGAGGGCGAAUUUUAAUUGAUGGAGUGGACAUUUCAAAACUGCACUUACAUUCACUCCGGUCCCGAAUAGGUGUGAUCCCGCAGGAGCCGUUCAUAUUCUCUGGCAGUCUGCGCGACAACGUGGACCCGCUGGGCCAGUACCUGGACGCCGAGCUGUGGCGCGCGCUGGACGCGUGCGGGGCGCGCCACCUCGUGUCGGCGCGCGCCGGCCUGCACGCGCCCGCCGCGCGCGCUCUGUCGCGCGGACACGCGCAACUGCUCUGUGUAGUAAGGGCCUUACUACACCGACCUAAGAUACUGCUAGUAGACGAGGCGACGGCUAACUUGGACAAUGAAGCGGAGCGUCAGAUCCUGGACGCCAUCCGCUGCUCGUUCGGUGGGUCGAGCGUAGUGCUGGUGGCGCACCGCCUGGCCGGCGUGCUGCAGUGCGCGCGCGUGCUGGCGCUGGCGGCGGGCCGCGCCGCCGACCUGCGCGCGCCCCACGACGCGCUCGCCGACCACUCCUCGCACCUCUACCAACUCGUCUACGGCUCAUAGACUGCGCCGUGCUCCGGACGCGGUGUAAACACAUGUAGCAACUAGCUAAUGACGUUCACGUGUCGCCUAGUUGCUGUAGUAAGACUGAAAGGCCAUCUAAGAACGAAAUGUACAUACAAGGGUGAAUGCAUUUUUUUGUACUAAAAUAAAUAUAAUGACUGUGUCUUUAAACUGUCACAUUGCUUUGUGCUCUAUUACAUAAAUCAAAAAUGUACUUUCAUAAAAGACCAUUGUCUGAAUCAAAAAUCUCGCUACAAGUGCUAUUUUUGUUUCUCAAGCAACCUUAAUGCACAUUUUAAACUUGUUUAUAAGUAAAUGCGUAUUUUUUACUUGGACUGAAAGGAAAUAAAAAUGUGUUAAUAUUUGGAUACCUCACGUUACACAUUCAUAUUGUUUUCAAAAUGUUCAUGUAUAUGUAUGUCAAUGUAAUUUUUAAGUUUAUGUCUAAUUAUAAUACUACAAUGAUGGCAAAAAGUUGCGAAUUCUUAUGAAUUUGUUUGUGUAUUAUUGACCGAUAAGUAAAUGUUUGACUGAUGAGAAAGGUUAGUCAUAUUGAUUGUUGUGCCGAUAAUUCUUUUAUUAUCUAUGAAGUAUUCCUUUUAUUUUAGAUCUAAGUAAGAUAAAAGAAAUUAUUUUUAUAAUUAAAGCGUGAAUUGAAAGUAUUUGUCACAGUUAUAUCAAAAUAUUAAAAAAAGAAUAAGAGGAUUUGAAGAAUUGUUGUGUAUAAAAUACUUUGUGAAUAAAAUUAGUAGUUAUGACAUGGAUUUGUAAGUAGCGAUAUCUUCGCCUUGGCAGGGUCUAGUUGCGAUACGUAAAUAACCUUAGCGGGCUGUCGAACGCGCCGAAAUUGAUUUAUUAGCGAACAAUUAAUUAUUUAUACACAAGUCGUUGCUAAUUACUAGUACUCUUCCCAGCUAGACUAUACCUAAGCAAUCACACCCAUUUUGCCAUCCCGACUAUGCUUUUUCUAAUUACAUAAGGCUGUAUAAAAAUAAAAUGCUUUUCACGAGAACUUAAGAUUGAGAUGACAUUUUCGUGUUUAAAAGCAUAUCAAAUGAUUUACAAUAGAAAUUAAAGUCGAGUUUUGUGAUAUUGUACCUUAGACUUAAUGUAAUUUUCAUUUUAAUAAUGUUUUUUUCUGAUUAGUUGUCUAGAUACAUAAAUUGUUCUUGUUCAUUUUUUACGAAAUCAUUAUAAUCUUAAAUUACGUGUAUAAUCUUGAAGUAUAAUAAGUAUUAAAUGGUUUUUAAAUUAAAUGGA